AUGGUUCCAGGUGUAACAAUACCUUCUAGGUUUAUGCAAAUGCUGAGUUUAAAUGGAAAAUUUAUUUCUCACACGCAAAUGGAUCCUAAAUUUGUUGAAAAUGCAAUGACACAACUGUAUCGCUCGAUAAGAAUCAGAUGGCUGUUUCGAGACAAGUCAGAUAAUCCAUACUACAUACCAAAAUUUCAUGUGAAAACCCCUGGAUGGGAACCCCCACGAGCCAAUUCAAGGAUAGAGAAAGCUAUUGAUGCUGUUAGAGAGUCAUUGUGCAGGCAAACUCCGCAAUUGCCACAAUCAGCACAUCUCAGAAAUCCAGAGAUUAAAAGUCUCCGGGAUUUUUCACGAGAUGAAUCAUACCUCGUCAAAAUCACCCAUAAGAAUCUAGGCCUGGCCGUGGUCACAAAAUCUUGGUAUUGUAAUGAAAUAACAACCCACAUAUCUAAUACCGAUGCGUAUCAGUUAGUGGGCCUCGUUCAUCUCCAUGACAUUAAUAUGAAAUUCAAAUCAAUUGUCAGAAACCAUGUUUUUUCCACUGUGAUUAAAAAAUAUCUCAAUGAAACAACCACUGAAUUACCGCGAUUCCACGUUAUUCCUAAAAUUCAUAAGAUACCCUGGUCUUCGAGACCGAUAAUUCCAAGUCACAGUUGGAUAACUUCAAGGGCUUCUGAGGUGAUUGACUAUUUCAUCCAACCUUAUCUAAAGAAUUAUCCUUUUGAACUUAAUAGUACUAAAAGUUUUCUUGCAGGAUUAAGAAAGAUUGCAUCUAAGAUGCAUUCCCUCGAGGGUUGUAUACUUGCCUCCGGCGACGUGAAAGCAAUGUAUACAAACAUAGACCCAUGCAAAGCAUUAGAAUCGGCCAAAAUUGCCAUCAAUGCCUGCUAUCGAAAAGGGAACAGUACUAAAGGGAUUGAAAAAUUGCUAGAAUUCAUCCUCAGGUACAACUUCUUCGAGUACGAACACGAUGUCUACAAGCAGAAAUCGGGUUUAGCGAUGGUCACAUCCUGCGCACUAGCCGUCGCAAACCUAUUUGUAGCCAAUUUAGAAAAAAAUAUAUUACCACAUCUCUAUUAA